CGAUCCACAUGUGACGACCGUCCUCACAGGCAGAGCAUCCAGGCUGCUCCCUCUUUCUGGUGAUUUCCCUGUGAAAGAAGAAGUGAGGCAGUGUGACUGUGGGACAGAGAAGAAGGAGAGGGAAGGAGAGAGGAGGUGGGAGAGACAGUGAGACAGAGGGAGGAGAGAAUAGCGCUCAGACAAUCGGUGUGUGUGAGAGAGGUAGAAACAGGAGAGAGGAGCUGGCUGGGAAACAAUAGUUGAACAACAAAUCCAGUGUUGCGUGCAGGAUCUCAGCGUCUCUCUGGAUAUCUCUGCUGUCUUCCUGCUGCCGUGCACUGAAGCUAUUCAUGCAUGAUACACGGACACACUCCUGCAGAGUCUGACUUCAACUUCUGCUCACUUUCCCUCUCCUGCACAUCCCUAAGCUCAGAACGUCUGCUGGAAUUUUCUAGAUUGGCCGCGAUCAGCUUGGGUGGUCGCCUGACGGAGAUCUGCACUCUACUGCAUACUGUGGUGGAUCCAGACAGUGGGGGAUGGAGCGGCCCGACAGAACAACCCUCCUGCUACCUUUUUCCCUGGAGCUCGCUGACCUUGAACCUCCGCUAUACUAGCAGGAACAAGAGACAGACUGAGACGUCCCCCCUUUGUGAGACCCUGAAAUACAACUUGGAUGAAAGACAGACAGAACUGUGAGAAGGAGAAAUAAAAGGAGAGUGAGACAGACAGAGUUGGACAUCCCGUGAGGAUCGAGAGCCUCGGGGUGGUCCGAUCAUGAAACCGUUCAUCUCUGCGGGCCCCCCCUCCGGCCUGCUGCUGGUCCUGAUGUGCUGCCCCCUGCUGGGCUUGGUCCAGUCUGCCAGCAGCAACAAGGCCAGCGAUAAUGGACACCCGCACCUGGGAGACUCCGACCCAGAGCGCUGCAUGAGGCACCACUUUGUGGAGACCAUCACACACCCGAUUUAUAAGUGCAACUCCAAGAUGGUGUUGCUGGCGCGCUGCGAGGGCCACUGCAGCCACACGACCCGCUCCGACCCCCUCAUCUCCUUCAGCUCGGUGCUCAAGCAGCCCUUCAAGAGCACCUGCUCCUGCUGCCGGCCGCACACCUCCAAGCUGAAGGCGGUGAGGCUGCGCUGCGCCGGCGGGACUCGCAUCACGGCCACUUACAGAUACAUCCUAGCCUGCAACUGCGAGGAGUGCAGCUGAGCGGGGAGCAGCAACCCUCCCAGACCCUCAAGACUCUCAAGACCCAGGAUCCUCUUGGCCUCGGGCCUCGCUCUUCAGCUAUCCAGAGCGUUUUUGGUUGAUUAUUGGAUCAGGAAAUUGCCCCGGAGGACAGCGGCUCAAGUUGUUGUUAUCUUGGGAGUGAUAGUUUGGAGCGAUCGUACCACCCUCACACAGACCUUAAAAUUGACCUGCAGCCUCUGGGACUCAGACCGAACAUACUAUACCCUCUCCAUUAUGUGCGUCCAAUCAGUACAAACCAUAUGAAGCAUAUUUCUCCAGCGCACGAGGCCAGACACCACAAACUGCCGUUCCCAUGGGCCACAUGGAGACCCUCCUCGCUGCGGAGACGCACUGCGCUCAUUACAGGCCUCCGUAAUUCAUAACACACAUGCUCACAAACCACAGUAUGAGAGCUCAUUACAGAUAUCUGCAGCAGCUUUCUGCCAGCUCCAUAAAAACCCCGCCGCGCAUAUGACAACAAAACAACACGCCUCGUUAAAACGCAGCACGGGAAAGGACAAGGCUCGAUGAGAGCGUGCGGCCUACGUGAGCCCGGACAUGUGGCGGACCUAUAGGGGAGCACCUGCGCCGCGCUUACUCACCCAGUAACAUUUUACACACUCCCUGCAGACUUUCAUCUAGCUGUGUAAAACAUGAGCGACGCUGACAGCAGAGCUCAUCAGGUGAACAAUAAAAGAGUGGCGGCAGACGGUGUAAGAGGAGCUCAGAGGAUGAAAGAGGAGCGGGGAUGAAGGUUAAGCCAGCGCCUGGGUGGUCGUGCGGACCAUCAACAGACUUUCAGUGUUCAUUUUAAAUGUAAUCUAUUCUAUUUGGAUCUUUGGGAUGUUCCUGUCAACAUUAAUGAAACUGUAGCUGCCGCUUUUGCCUGUCGUGUAUCGUUACUAAUGACAUGUUCAGUGUUUUGACUCGGAGCAAACUCUCCUGUCACAACUGUGCUAUGGUCGCUCUGCAUACGUCUGUAAAGCCUGCGUACGUUUCCCUCAUGAUGAAUACCAGAACUUCAAACUCUCUGUGUGUGUGUGCCAGGCUCGAAUACGUCUGAAUCGUCUUUGGCCAUCAGUGUUUGUGGUCACUUUAUCUGAAUUAAAAAAAUGAACAACU